GACAGAAAUUUUAGAAUGAGAAAAGGGGGGAAAGAGAAGAGAAGAGAGCGUGAAAAGUGAAAAACACGCGCUGCGCUCUCUCCCUCCUCAUUUCCAAUUUUUCAAAAUAUGGAAUCGGAAGACGACCAAUGGGAACUCUGCAACGACGACGGCUUCGUCUACAAGCGCAAGCGCCGCCGCCUCCACCCUCCUCCGCCGCCGCCGGAGGCAGAUCAGGAGGCGGAGAAGCGGCGCAAAGAGCGAAAGAGGCAGACCCUACUGAAGCUGAAAGCUAAGUACGAGAAGGAGAUUCUUCAGUGGGAAUCUUUGUCGAACACCUUGCGCUCGAUGCAAAUCUCUGCUCACCAGCUUCAACCACCGCUGCAGAACCAGACCCCAUUGUCGCUUCCUUCAUCCUCUUCUUCUUCGUUAACGGAUUCCGCUCUGCUUCAGGACCUUCUCUCGCAGGUGGAAGCUCAGGAAGCAGUAAUUCAAGAUAUUUCUAGUUUGUGUGAUGUAGCAGAAGCAAUGUGCUCCAAACGAGAAGAACAAUUUAAACAAUCUUUGUUUGAUCUACCAAUAUGGGCUUCACCACUUGAUCUCAUGCAAGUGCUGUGUGAUGAAUAUGAUUGAUUUAACCGGUUUUCCCUUGUGCAUUAUUAUUUCUGUUGGUAAUGAUUUUCAAGUUGAAAGAAUAGUCUUGCACCCUUCAACAACCAGUUUCAUUGAUUGUAACUCUAGAACACUGGUGUUAAGUAGAUUAGAAUUAGAUCUUUGAUGUUUUUGGUAAAUAUUUUUAGAUUGAUUGUAUUAAUUAAAGAGCAUCAAACAUUUGAAUGGAGGCAUACAAUUGGAAUUACCAUAUAAUGAAUGUAAAAAGUGGGAAGGCAGUCACAAAGAAGUCUCCAAUCAAGCAUGAAGAUGGAAUGCUGCAGUUUUUUGUAUGCUUGUAAAGUUCAUUCACUUACUAGAUUCUUACUGCUUUUCCUUUGAAAAUGUGAUUAAACAACACUAUUAUUGCUUUA